AUGUCGAGUUUACAAGCAAAAUGGCUGAGAAUUCACGUGGGAAUGCGGCUGUUCGCAGCCGGUGAUUGCCCAGAAAAUUAUUUUUGGGACGGUAAAAAAUGCAGCGUUUGCUCAGGCUGCACCCUUGGGUUUGGUUUGAAAGAGCCUUGCACAAAAACCAAAAACACUGAAUGCCAACCUUGCAUUCCUGGCUAUGAUUAUUCGGACAGCACAGGGAUGGAGGAGUGCAUAAAGUGUGAUACAUACUCCAACUGUUUACCUGGACGAUCUAAAAAGAUAACAAAGUGUACAAUAUUUUCUGGACACACUUGUGACGGAUGUGAAGAAGGAUAUUACCACCACCAAGAUGUUGGCUGUGAUAAGUGUUCACCUAAAUGUGAUGCUAUGACUGAGGACGAAAUACAGGCAUGCACAACUAAGCAUAACCGCGUUUGUGCACCAAAACGAGUGCUGCCAAAAACUCCCGUCCCAAGUAAUGACUCAAAAGUUAGAGGUCAUCCUAACGGCACUGCCAUUAAGGAGGAUGACGAGAUACCAAAAAUUGUUUCUGAGUCUGUAGAAUCUAAAACAAUUCAGCCACGAGAGGAAAAUUUAAUCGUUAAAAACCUGUGGCUUUGGGUUAUAUUCGUGGUGAUCGUACUACUAGUGGCCGUGGUCACAGUCUCGAUAGGGUUUCACAAAAGAAGAAGUCGAGGAAAUCAUCCAACUCAACAAGAAGGUGAUGUCAAUACAUAUAACACAGAGGAGAACAUCGUUUUACGGGAGCAAACGCUUCCGUUGAUAACCGAAGGUGGUGUGGAUGCUCAUGACACGAGGGAAACUUUCUCUUCAGCUCAGCAAGGAGUUCCUUUGGGGCCCAGUCAUCAGUUAGAGCCAUUGGAUUCAGGUGGGGUGGAUGCCCCAGAACCUCCUUCAGAAGAACUCAGCAGACAAAAAGGAUUGGAUCGUCCGAUUAAAACUUUAAGGAUUAAAGAAAAGAAGCAAAUCAUGAUUUUCCUGAGUGACAAAGAUAUUGGAGGUUAUUUUUACUGGCAAAGUGUAGCGGAAGAACUUGGUUUCCAAAAUGAGUCCAGAGGAUGGGAAGGAGCUCAAAAUCCAAUUGAAAGCCUUCUCAAGGCAUUUGGCGAAAAAGAGGGAAGCACCAUCAGAGGAUUGAUAGAAGCUACCAGAAAAGCUGGGCUGAUGUAUUUUGCGAGUCAGUUGGAAGAUAAAUUUGAUACUCCAAGAAAUGAUACAACUGAUUCUGUCCAUAAAACUUUGGUUCAAAAUGAAGUAAAUGACAAUUCUACUUCUGUUGAUAUACCUUCAGAUCCGUGUAAAGAGGAUGGUGAAACUGAAUCGGUGGAAGGUGAAAUAAAUAAUAAGGCUGAUUCUGUUAUUAAUAUACCUAAGUAUGACAUUGACAUGACAUGA